UCGGGCGGCGUUUCCGUGUCCGGGCGCGGUGCCCUUGGAGCGGACAUGGCGCUGGCGCUGCUGGCGGCGCGGCCCCGCGGGGCCUCCCUGGCUCUGCUCGGCUCGGCGCUGCUCCGCCGCCCCGCCGCGCUCGGUGCCGCCGCCGCCGCCGCCCGCUGCGCCCCGGCCCGCGACAGCCACGGCCCGGCCCGCCCGGCACACGGCAGUUCCAAGGCUGCAUCUUUGCACUGGACAGGGGAGAGAGCUGUCAGUGUGCUGCUGCUGGGGCUGCUCCCUGCAGCCUACCUGUGCCCUGGACCAGCUGUGGACUAUUCCCUGGCUGCAGCCCUCACCCUGCACGGCCACUGGGGUCUGGGCCAGGUAAUUACUGAUUAUGUGCAUGGAGAUGUGCCCAAUAAAGUGGCCAACGUGGGGCUGUAUGUGCUGUCUGCCCUGACCUUCGCUGGCCUCUGCCACUUCAACUACCACGACGUGGGCAUCUGCAAGGCUGUGGCCAUGCUCUGGAGCCUCUGAGCACCCCCAGCAUUCUCCUCUGCUGCCUCUGCUUCAUCAGCUUGUGAGCAACAUCCUGCACAGCAAAGGAACAGCCAAGGGUCCCCAGUGAGCCUGCAGGGGGCUCACAGCUAGUUGAGAAUAUAUAGAGAAAAAUAAAGCAGAUUUCUGAACAGAUUUAACUGGAAAAUGUCCAGUGAGAGUGAGUGGAUUCAAGCUGCACUGUAAAUUGGGAUGGAUGAGUUGCAUCAGUGGCAGGAUUGCAUAGCUAAAGGGAAUUUCCUUGUAAUGAGCUUUAAUGAGUGUUUUUCUAACUGUUGGUUGGUUUCCUGUUCUGCAAAACGAGUUUGAGCUGCUGCUUCUAACAUCAGUGUGUAAGGCAGACCCUGUAACUCUUAGGACCCUGGGAGUUGAUGUAGAAAAGGGAAUACUUUUUUCUUAAUCCAUGCAAUAAAGAAUUUACAGAAA